ACCGGUGUGCUUCCUUCAUUCUCUCUCUUAUUUUCUCCCUCUCAACAAGAUCCAUGGAUUAAACCUACGAGGACUUCUUGUUGGAUUUCAUGAUGAACACUACGCUUUUUCUCGUCACCCCUUUGUGCUACUUUCUCCUUUUCUAUCUCCUCUUCCACAGAGGAACGUGUUCCGAAGCUGAGCAUCGACUCUUUACUGUCAUCUUCGCUAACUAUAACCAGUACAUCAGACCUGUGGAGAACGUCUCUGACCCAGUGAUUGUCCAGUUUGAGGUGUCCAUGUCCCAGCUAGUGAAAGUGGAUGAAGUUAACCAGAUUAUGGAGACAAAUCUGUGGCUAAGACAUAUAUGGAAUGACUACAAAUUGAGGUGGAAUCCCAAAGAGUUUGGAGGUGUGGAGUUCAUCCGUGUCCCGUCCAACAAGAUUUGGAAGCCGGACAUUGUGUUAUAUAACAACGCAGUGGGAGACUUCCAGGUGGAUGAUAAAACCAAAGCUCUUCUUCGCUACAACGGAGAUGUGACCUGGAUUCCUCCUGCCAUUUUCAAAAGCUCUUGCAAAAUCGAUGUCACCUAUUUUCCCUUCGACUACCAGAACUGCACCAUGAAGUUUGGCUCAUGGACCUAUGACAAGGCCAAGAUUGAUCUGGUACUGAUUGGUUCUACAAUCAACCUGAAGGAUUUCUGGGAAAGUGGGGAGUGGAUGAUUAUCGAUGCUCCAGGCUACAAGCAUGAUAUUAAAUACAACUGUUGUGAGGAGAUCUACACUGACAUUACCUACUCGCUCUACAUCCGUCGACUUCCUCUUUUCUACACCAUCAACAUGAUCAUCCCGUGCCUGCUCAUCUCAUUCCUGACCGUCCUGGUGUUUUAUCUUCCAUCAGACUGUGGUGAAAAAGUGACGCUUUGCAUCUCGGUUCUCCUCUCCCUCACUGUCUUCCUCUUGGUCAUCACUGAAACCAUUCCAUCCACCUCAUUAGUCAUUCCACUGAUUGGUGAGUACCUGCUAUUCACCAUGAUCUUCGUCACACUUUCUAUAGUCAUCACGGUCUUUGUGCUUAAUGUGCAUUAUCGAACACCCAAGACUCACACCAUGCCACGUUGGGUGCGCCAUGUAUUCCUUAGCCUCCUUCCCAAAAUCAUGUUCAUGACCAGGCCUGAGCGAGACCCGGGAAAGCAUAAAAAUUUGGGACCCCCUCAUCGAUCGUGUUCCCUCCAUUCUUCUGCGUCCUUCCCUCAACAUCUCAGCAAGCAACAGAGCCUUCCAGGCAGCCUUCCUCGACGCACUCAGCUCUUACUCAGCACCGAGCUGAACACCCUGAGUGAAGCUGUUAAGGCCAGCUCAAGCUUCUUGUGCAGAGAUGAGCGAUGUACCUGCUACUUAAGGCAGCUCUCUACCAAACUGCCCACGAAUGGAAACGGAGGGGCCGGAGUGGGCAGUUUGGGGGCAGUUAGUGGAGCAGGUGUAAUAGUAGGUAGUGGAGCAGGAGGAAGUAGCCCUUGUUCAAGCUCAGAGUCUCUGGAUGGGGGACUUUUGACUCUCUGUACACUCUCACCAGAAGUCCGGGAAGCUAUUGAGAGCGUUAAGUACAUUGCAGAGAAUAUGAGGCUACAGAAUGAAGCCAAAGAGGUCCAGGACGACUGGAAAUACGUGGCCAUGGUGAUUGACAGAAUCUUCUUGUGGGUGUUUAUCCUGGUGUGCAUUCUGGGAACAGCAGGACUCUUUUUACAGCCUCUCCUCAUGGGAGAAGACAUGUGAUCCUCCAUGAUCAAUCUUAAACAGACUUGACUAAGUGGCGAAACUUUAGUAACAGCAAACUGAGGAUGUAGUCCUUGUGCUUAGUUCAUAGCUUUUUUCAUAGACUUCCAUGAAGCCGAUGGAAAACUCCUUUUGGGGUUUUCUGGUUCUGAUGUUAUCUAUUGUACAGUGUAUUGUUAAACGUCAUGAAUGAAUGGAUUUUCAAGCUUCUUUUUCUAUAAUAAAAAUGUUAAUGCUGUAAGCCGAGCAUAACUAUGCAAAUUGUGUCACAUAUUUGUCCAGGCUUUGUGGACAGUGCCAUCCAGUGGGUGUAUCAGGCAUUACCAGCUAAACUAUCCUACCUGCAAGGCAUUACUCAUAGUAUACUAUACAUCACAUUGUUCAUCGGGACCCGACAACUGAAUGAGGACAUGGUUGUAGAUUCAUCUUAAACAAACCUCUUUUGUUCCCAAUGCUAGCACAUGUCCCUUAUUUCUACAAACGACAUGACCAGGAGUGUAUUAAAUGCAUUCAGUGUAAGUCAGGGGUGUUCAGUUUGAUCCUCAGAGAGUCAGGGUGAGUGCAGGAUUUCUUCAAUCAAGCAGGAGCCACACCUCAUUCCACCUGGUUAAUCAGAUGAUCUUGGCUCAAGUGUUGCUUCUUCUUGGUUGGAAUGAAAAUCUGCACCCACACGCCCCUUUUCCGGAUAAGAAUAAACAUCUAAGUCAUUUGUGAAUUUUAUAGAUUUCUUGUUCAUGUGAAUAAAAUCUCAAGUUAUAUUCCGCAAAGCUCCAAAUGUUUUAUUUUCUUUCUGUAAUAUCUAUUAGAAGUACAAAAGAAGUCCAUAACCAAUUGAUCAAUAUCAUUUAAAUCUAAUAUAGGAUUCUAGCUUUUAAUAUCUU